CCCAAAGUCUCUUAUCGCCUUGGUCUCCAAAACCCCUCCCGAUGCGUUUGGAUCUCUAUAGGGAUCUUUUCCCUUCCUAACCGAUAUUGUAGAGAGAUCGGAUUUGAAAAGCAUAAGCCGACUUAUCAUUGAAUCUGUCCAGAUACAGGGCUCUGCUCUCCUUCAUCCGGCACAGUUUAGGCAUGUCAAGGCGAUUACCUAACCCUUUUGGCCAGUCUUCCUUCUGUGCUCUACCCCAUGCGGGGCAAGCCCCCAAAGGAUGGAUUCAAGAUAACGGCAAUUCUCCGAGCUUGUAGGGCCUAUUAUAUAAUGGAUUCAAUUUCCCGGCCCGGUAUUAGGAGGAGUUACGGUAAAUGUCCGGUGUUAAAGGCGCUUCUACUCCCGUCGUUACUAUUUUCCCGGACAAACUACAAGGCUAUAUAUCAAAAUGUCAACCGCUCGUCGACCUCCCCCGGCUUAUGAAUCCGCACCGGGCUCUGGUAUCCAUGCGACAUCUGAGCUGUACCAGAGGAUCUCCAAGACGGCAUCGGAUUCCGCCGCCCGAAAUCUUAAAGAGUCAUUCACGAUCCGACCAUGCUCGGGCCAGGCAUGGGUUGUGCCUGCUGGUCACGUCUGCCGUCUGACGACCCCUAAGGGACCGCAAGUUGGUGACUUGAACAUCUGGAACGCACACAAUCCGCGAGAACGGAUGUGGGCUGCACGUACUCGUCAAAUCCAUGCCUCCCACGUCUCCGUCGGCGAUCGCCUGUGGUCCAACCUCCCAUACUUGCGGCCCCUGGUGAGCAUUACGGGCGACUCGCUGAACGGCGGGCAGUUGCAUGACGUGCUGGGUGCGGAUGGGAAGCGUAAGCCCGAGGUGGUUUUUGGCACUACGCAAUUUGGAGGCCGAGUGCAUGACUUGAUGGGUACUCGCUGCGAUCCUUACGUGAAUCUCCUGAUGGGCGGCGAGACGUUCGACUUCCACUGUCACUCCAACCUGACCCGAUCAGUUGUCCCUUACGGGCUGACGGAGCUUGAUGUCCACGAUGUGUUGAAUGUCUUCCAAGUGACCGGGCUGGAUGAACAAGGUCGAUACUUCAUGGAGGCCUCCCCCGCCAAACCAGGGGAAUAUUUUGAGUUCUUUGCCGAGGUGGAUGUUCUCUGCGCACUAUCUGCAUGCCCUGGCGGCGACCUCUCCGAAUGGGGCUGGGAUGAUAAGGAGGGUGGAAUGGGAGCCACAUGCCGGCCGCUCGGUGUUGAGGUGUAUCAAUUGACGGACGAGAAGACGAUACUGGAUGGGUGGAAGGCACCAGAGAGCCCUGCAUACAAGGGGAUGCACGGAAUGAACAUGCCGAAGCGGGGUCAAGACGGAUAUGUUGGACUAUAAGUAGUCUCCCCCAACUCGAAUGUUCAGUCUUCUUCAGAUUGUUAUGAGAUACAGAUGCAAAUGUUAAUUGCAAUGCAAUA